ACGAGAUUUUAAAUGGAGAUGCGUGGAUGUUGUCGUAUUUACUCUGAGUUGUUUACGCGUUUGUUCGUGAUUCUAAUUAAAUAUACAAGAGGAAAUUUAUAGAAUAAACCUAUAAAACUAAUAUACUCCAUGUAAUUAUAAUUUUAUUCAGUAGAGCGCAUCAUAACCAAUACUUUAACAUGGCGGCCAUCAUGAAAAAUAAGAGGACGACCACCGAAAGGAUUGAAAAGUUCAUUUCAUCUCAAUAUUUUACCGAUGCUAAUUUAUACGGAAAAUUAUAUCCCUCAAGUGCCCAAUUGUCUUAUUUAUCUCAUUUUGCCGCCAGCGGACGGGUUCCUUUCAAAGAAUCCGUUGAAAUGGGACAUUUCGUCGAAACUAAACCCGGGUCUUCAUUUGGACCCACUUGGUCCACUCAUUGGUUCAAAAUGGAAAUUCAGAUACCGGACAGCUGGUUGGGGAAAGAAGUGCACCUGAGAUGGGAUGCAGGAUGCGAAGCCAUGGUUUGGAGUAACGAUGGAUUACCUCUGCAGGGAUUAUCAAGUGAAAGGAAGGACUUUAUUAUAUCGUAUAAUGUAACUUUGGAAGAUCUCAGGCAAACUUAUUAUAUAGAAAUGGCAUGCAAUACAUUAAUUGGUGCUGGAAAACCAACAAUGAUAUCACCACCUGAUCCUGAUCAUUAUUUUACUCUGAAUAUGGCAGAAAUUGCUGUUUUUGAUAGACAGGUAUAUAAUCUCAUUAUUGAUUUAGAAGUCAUGCUGGACAUGGUGAAAAAUCUUUCAUCAGAUAAUCCUCGUGGAUAUGAUGCAAUGCAUACUGCCAAUGAAAUGAUCAAUAUUAUUCAAACUAACGAAGGUUCCACUGAUAGUUUUGACAAAGCUAGGCAUAUAGCCAAAAUGUUUUUCUCUCAAAGAAAUGGUAAUUCACAGCAUACCAUACUGGCAGUCGGAAAUUGUCAUAUUGACUGUGCCUGGCUCUGGCCUUAUGAAGAGACUGUUCGAAAAUGUGCACGAAGUUGGGCCUCUGUAAUAAGGUUGAUGGAAAAGUAUUCAGAUUUUAAUUUUGCUUGUUCACAGGCACAACAGUUUAUGUGGGUGAAGGAAAAUUAUCCCUCUUUAUAUGAAAGAGUGAGAUAUUUUGUAGCAAAAGGGCGUUUUAUUCCUGUUGGAGGAACUUGGGUAGAGAUGGAUGGAAAUUUACCUAGGUAUAAAUUUAAUUAAUCUAUAAAAUUUUAAAUGCA